CUCGAUGUGAUAUCAGUAUUGCCAUUUGACGUUUUAUACUUCUUCUUUGGAUUUAACCCAGCAUUUAGAGCAAAUAGGAUGCUAAAGCAUAACACAUUCUUUGAGUUCAAUGAUCGCUUGGAAGCUAUUAUGGACAAAGCAUACAUCUACAGGGUCAUUCGAACAACUGGAUACUUGCUGUUUAUCUUGCACGUUAAUGCAUGCCUGUAUUAUUGGGCUUCGGACUAUGAAGGACUUGGCAGCACUAAAUGGGUGUAUGAUGGCGACGGAAACAUGUAUCUGAGGUGUUACUACUGGGCGGUUCGUACUUUAAUCACCAUCGGGGGCCUUCCAGAACCAGUAACUCUGUUUGAGAUAGUUUUUCAACUUCUGAAUUAUUUCUUGGGUGUCUUUGUCUUCUCCAGCUUAAUUGGCCAGAUGAGAGAUGUAAUUGGAGCAGCUACAGCAGGACAGAACUACUACCGGUCUUGCAUGGACAACACUGUCUCCUAUAUGAACACCUAUUCUAUUCCAAGACUUGUCCAAAAUCGUGUUCGAACCUGGUAUGAAUACACAUGGGACUCUCAGGGAAUGCUGGAUGAAUCAGAAUUACUGGAGCAGAUGCCAGUCAAAAUGCGAUUAGCCAUUGCAAUUGAUGUGAAUUUUGCCAUUGUCAAUAAAGUUGACUUAUUCAAAGGGUGUGAUACCCAGAUGAUAUAUGACAUGCUACUAAGGUUGAAAUCCAUCGUGUAUUUACCCGGUGACUUUGUCUGCAAAAAGGGAGAGAUUGGCAGAGAGAUGUACAUCAUCAAACAGGGUGAAGUUCAAGUUCUUGGAGGCCCUGAUGGUACAAAAGUCCUGGUUACACUGAGAGCAGGAGCUGUAUUUGGGGAGAUCAGCCUAUUAGCUGCAGGUGGAGGAAAUCGAAGGACUGCCAAUGUGGUGGCUCAUGGUUUCGCCAAUCUUUUCAUUCUGGACAAGAAAACACUCAAUGAAAUCUUGGUGCACUAUCCCGACUCAGAAAAACUUCUCAUGAAGAAAGCAAAGGUGCUGCUGAAAGAGAAGGGGAAACCUCCUCCAGGGCCACCAGUGCAACAACCCCGGGGCUUGGCCAGUCUUUUUGGAACGAAACAGGAAACACCCAAAUUGUUCAAAGCAAUGCUUGGAGGAAAAGGGAAGGAGGGUCUUGCUCGGCUGCUGCAGCUGAAGAAACAGCAAGACACUCAGGAAUCUCUUGCUAAAGCAGAGAACAAGCCCGAACAAGAGGAAAAGAAACCUGUGGAGCCCGCGGCCUCAUCUGCGCCACCAGCACAAAAGGAAGAGCCGAACAAAGACACUAAGCCUAAACCGGCAGUUAUGCAGAGAGCAACCUCUAAGGAGUCUCUGAUCAUUAGUAUGUCUCCAUCCCCUAAAGCAGGAGAAGGAGAGAUCCUUACAGUUGAAGUUAAAGAGAAGAAAUAA